CGUAUGCCACUGGUUUAGCGGUUAUUAGAAGUACCUCUUCAAAAAUGGGAAUUCUCAGUUCAAGUCUAUAAAUAUCAGUAGUGGAAGUGAAUAAUUUAGUUUUGUUUUUGUCGUUAUUCUUUGACCAAAUAAAAAAAUCUUGGUAUGAAAAUGAACGUGUGUAUUCUAAUGUUGGCUGUUGCUGUGGUGGGAGUUAGUUGUUUACCAUCAAGGCAGCGGCGUCAAUUCGAUUGGACUUCAUGGGAAAAUGUACCGACGAAUAAUGUAAACGAUUGGAAUUCUCAAAUUAAUUCGAACGAAGUUAGUACAACUCAAGGAACUACAACUACUACCAUGUCGCAAAAUUACAGACAAUGCUUGAACGUAUGUCCGCGUACUUUUGAGUAUAACCCCGUAUGCGGUACUGAUGGAGUUACGUAUACCAAUCGACAAACAUUGAACUGCGCCAGAUCUUGUGGACAGAAUGUUAGUUUACAAAGGGGCGGCACGUGUCAACCUCUCUAGAUUGGAUUAACAGAUAGUUCAUUAUUAUGAUGUGUAAUAAUAUUGCACAAUAUUUUUUUUACGACUGAUUACUCAAAUAAAUAGUUUUUCAAUGUGAACAA